AUGGCUAGUUCAGCAAAGAAACUAAAAGUGCAAAAUAGCAAGGAUACUAGAGAAUUUCAGACUUGGUGGACUGAUAAAUUCGGCGUGAUUAAUAAAGGUGACAAAGCAGUGUGUGUUUUAUGUUCUGGCACCAUGGUAUGUAGAACAUCUUCCGUCAAACGGCAUUUUGAAACAAAUCACAAAUCAAUUUGUCAAAAAAGCGAAGCAGAGCAAAAGGAAUUAAUUGCGAGUGCUUUGAAAGACAGAAACAAACAGUCAACAUCAAUAAAUAAAUUUGUUGGCAAAAAUUGUCAUACAAGUGCGGCAAGUUACACGGCUGCAAAUGUCAUUGCUCGGCAUAGUAAACCCUUUCAAGAAGGCGAGUUUUUAAAGGAAGCCUGGUUAGCAUGCGCGCCUUCUCUUUUUGCUGAUUUCGAGAAUAAAAAUAAGAUAAUUCAGCGCAUCAAAGAUACUCCUUUGUCCAGAAACACAAUAAAGGAAAGAAUCUUAAAAUUGGCUGAAAAUGUUACAGAGCAACAAAAGCUUGACAUUCACUCUGCUUCAUUUAUAUCGCUAUGCCUCGACGAAAGCACUGACGUCACAAAAUCUGCACGUUUAGCUGUUUUUGCUCGAUACUGCGUAGGAAACGUCAUUAAGGAGGAAUUAAUUGCGAUAAAAUCGUUACCAACAACUACAAAGGGCGCAGAUAUUUGUACGGCAGUUAAAAAUUCGAUAGUUGAAAAAGAAAUUGAUAUAAAAAAAGUUGUUUCUGUAACAACUGAUGGUGCUCCGAGUAUGGUGGGUAAAAAAAUUGGUUUCAUAAGUUUAUUUCAAACUGAAGUAGGACAUUCGAUUCUUGAAUUCCACUGCAUCAUUCACCAACAAGCCUUAUGCGCUAAGAGCGGUUUAACAUCUCUUGAUAAUGUUAUGGCAGUAGUUACGAAAAUAGUCAACCUCAUCUCUGCUCAGGCUUUAAACAAGCGAAAGUUCGACGCUUUGUUGGAUGAAGUCAACUCCGUGUAUAAUGGCUUACUCAUGUAUAAUAAUGUUCGGUGGCUGAGUCGUGGGUCUGUACUUGAAAGAUUUGUUGAAUGCUUGGAAGAAAUCAGACUGUUUCUGCAAAAUGAGGGAAAAAUUGAACAAUACCCACAGCUUUUGGACGUCAUGUGGCUUUCAAAAUUGAUGUACGUAAGUAAAGAUGCCAAUAAUAAAAUUUUAGAAACCUGGAAUGCGUUGCCAGAAACAUUUAAUUGUUUAAAGAAGCUGGCUCACGCUAUUCUAACUGUAUUUUCAUCAACAUAUGCCUGCGAGUCAUUGUUUUCAGAGAUGAAUAACAUCAAAGACUCUGUUAGAAAUAGACUGACUGAUGAAUCAAGUUCAGCAUGCAUUCUGCUAAAAGUAACAUCGUACAACCCCAAUAUAAGUCAAUUAUCGUCCAAUCUGCAACAACAGAAGUCGCACUAA